AUGUCUAGAGGAUAUGGAAAAUAUCGUCGCGGUGGUGGGUCCCAUGCCAGUUUCCACUUUGAUAACUUGUUUAAAGAAAAUAGCAAUAGACCCUCAGCUGCUAGGUCAGCAGCUACUGUGGGAAAAUGGGGGAUAACCUCAUUCACAUCUAUCCGUACUUUAAAUGGUUUAAAUGAUUCUAAAUCAGGUGCAUCAGAUGCAGCACCAAAACCAAAAAAAUUCUUUAAAAGUAGAAAUACAGAACCACCUGACUUAAGUCCAUCAUAUUCAAAGUCUUCUUCAAAUCAUUCACCUCCUAAACGAGCCCGCACGACUUAUGAACCCAGUGAUAGGACAACUAGAGCUUCAUCUCCAAGAAAAUUUUUUUCUUCUAAAAGCAGCAGUACCACUACAGAAAAAGAAAAGACUGUCUUAAGUUCAAAUGUAAAUAAAAAUAAAAGUACCGAAGCCACUAAACCACCAAUAGUAUUAAGAAUAUGCAGGGGGAAAAGCCAGCUAUUAAAUGAUUCUGAUGAGUCUGAAAGUACACCUACACCUUCUAGUACACCAAGCACAUCAAAUGCAGCUAGCCCUCGAUCCAUCCGGGAGACAUCCCGGCCAACCAAUUGUCGAAUCACAAGAUCAGCACGCCGGAGCAUGCAGCAAGACCCCAGUAGUUCACCGGCAACAGCAGAUACCCCUGCCGAAUUUUCUCUCUUCACCAGUCCGAAGGAUGACAGCGAUCUCUCUCCUCAGUACAUCCCCGCUGAAAAGUACGAAUUAGAACGUAAGGCGAUGUACGACAAUCUCCUCAGACCGAAUUCCCCCAAGGAGACCAACACGCAAUCUAACCAACGAGUACCGCUCGAGAGGAAAGCUAAGUCUCCCAAAGAGAGCGCUAGUAUAAUUGAGACUGUCAAGGAAGAAGCGGAUGAGUGUACUGCUACUGCUGACGAUACGGAAAAUCAAGCAGAAGAGGAUAUGGAAAUAGACAUUCCAUCUGUGUCGGCAGUAGUCGUUGAAAAUAAUAUUCCCCCUAUGGGGGACGAGGAAGAGGAAGAGGAGGAGGAAGACGAAGUUGACGGACAAGAUGUCGAGAUGGAUGAAGUCGGGGAUAGUUCGGUACAUGCAGACACAGAAACGUAUCAGGACCUAGAGGAAGCUGAACCCGAAGCCGAACUUGAGCCGGAGCCUGAAGCUGAGCUAGAACCUGAACCAGAGCCCGAGCCCGAACCUGAGCCAGAGAAUGAACCUGAACCUGAACCCGAACCAGAACGACAUAGUAGAUCUAGAAUAGAAGAGGACUGGAGUACUGAUUCGGAUUCCAAUAGUACUGCUCCUGAGAUGGAGGUGAAACAAAUUUUACCUGAUCCUAAUUAUAAAAUUAAUACCAUUGAAGAGCAUAAGUCAGAAAUACUCGAUAAAAUUCUAGAAAAACCUCCGGACCCUACGCCGCCAGUCAAGCUCGUUAUCUCGAAAAAAAAGGGAAGCAUCUUUAAAAGCCGCACACUUGUAGACGAUGGUGUAAGUAAAAAACGUCGUGCCCUGUAUAAACAUAAGUGGACGGACGAUAAUAAAGAACCUUCGAAAGAAAAAGAAGAAGGCGAAGGAGAGAGUUCGUCAAAUCAAGAAGAAAAAGUCGAGGACUUCGACUUUAAAGAAGAGAAUUUGGAGAGAGUGGUAAAAGAAGUAGAUGAAGAGGAAAUUACUAGUGUUAAGUGUACCAGAAAUAAUAAGGGGUAUUAUACAGUAGUGAGGAAUGUAAAAAAGGCGCAUCAAAUCCAAGAAAUUGGUGAAUUCCAAGAAUUCAACGAUGACGUGGAGUACAUCCAGGAUGCUCUGCAGGACAACAACCCUAUUAGCACUAGAUGUCUUUCAGCAAUAACGCUAGCUUCGAAAUGCAUGGCCCCCGCUUUCAGGAUGCACGUCAGAGCCCACGGGACUGUCGCGAAGUUCUUUAAGGCAUUGCACGAUGCGCCCAAAAAUCAAAGUCUUGGACUAUGUACCGCUACAGUGAUGUUCGUUCUCAGUCAAGACCGACUUAACAUGGAUCUCGACAGAGAUUGCCUGGAACUGAUGUUGAAUCUCUUAGAAUCGGACGUAAGCUAUCAACAAGCUUUGGACGAAUGCGGCCUUAGUAGUGCACAAUUAGAAAAGAAUAAGCAGAAAGUGAGGGAGUUGUGCGCAGAAAUACAGAGCCAGGGUCAUGCUAUGCAUUUGAAUUUGGAAUCUAUAACGGUUGGACAGUUGGCUAUGGAGACGUUAUUAAGUCUGACAUCGAAACGAGCAGGGGAGUGGUUUAAAGAGGAGCUUCGGGAACUGGGCGGUUUAGAACAUAUCAUGAAGACAAUUCACGAAUGUUGUCGGCAAGUUUCCGACUAUGUUGUUACAUGGACUGAUACAUUGUUAGAUAAGCUGAAAAAGGUGGAUAGGUGUUUAAGGGUAUUAGAAAAUGUAACGCAUAAUAAUGAAGAAAACCAAAACUAUAUCCUUAAAUAUAACGAGGGUGCCAUAUUGGAUACUCUAGUUAACUUGUACAAAUUAUGUGAUGGAGAAAUACCACUAUAUCCAGUGACUGAUAUUACAGAUAAGACUUCUACUGGUGCAAUAAUCAGGGAGGCAUUAUUAGUUACCUUGAAGGUGCUCAUCAAUCUCACUCACCAUUUCAACAACCAGUCAAUUGGUAGUCAAUUGAUUGGUACCAGACCUGGAAUUAUUGAAACCAGUCUUCAUUUACUACUGCAGGUGCCUAAUUACAUUCCCGAACAGAAGAAGUUUGAAUUGGGAGUUCUAGUUCUCAUGUUGUUAAUAAAUCUCAUACAGGACCAAGAUUCGAACAAGAAACUUCUUAUGGCAGCCAAGGCACCUUCGAAACUUGAAAGCAUAUAUUCACGAGAAGAGAGUGCGGUGGAAGCCUUAAUAGCCCAGUUCUAUCACUGGGAAGGUUGUGCUAUGGUAGCGGAAAACAAGACGAACGCUAUUUUAGACGGAGAGAAAGAUGGCGAAGACCCGCCAAAAUCGACACCAAAAUCGAAUGAGGAAUUCAUUGAAGAGACUGUCGCUAAAUUAUUGCAGAAGGCUGGAACCCAUAUGGAAUUUACAUUCCUCGCUUCGUACAUUGUCAUGCUUGUUGGUUUCCUUAUCACAGACAAUCUCGAAUGGCAGCAGUUUGUUAGACAAUUCCUGAAAGGAAAUAACUUCGCUGAUAUGGUAGAGUUGCUUAAGAAGUUCUUUAAUUUCAUGAAUUUAACGGCUUCGACGGAAGCUUCGAGCGUCUGUGCGAUUAAAGCCACAGAAAAAGUGAUAAAAUUCCUGGAAGAGUGUGAUAAACCCCCGCCAGUCGAGUCGACUGCCCCCGAAAAUCCUCCCGCCUUUUACGAAUCCAUUGGUAUGGAUUUGAGUUAUAGGUUAACGUCGUAGAAUCUGUUAAAUACUAAUUGAAAAUAACUCAUCGUGAAAAUGGAUUUGAUGAUGGUGUAAGUACCACCGGUUGUCUCAAACGUGCGAAAAUGU